AUGUCAAAACUUCUUCUUCUUCUAUUUACUAUAUUAUAAAUCAUAUUUGCUACACCUACACCAGGCACUGCUGUCACAUGUGUUAGUUAAAAUGGAUCAACAACUUGCUCUAAUUCCUGUCCUGCUGCUCCUACUGGUUGUUAAUGGAUUGGAGCAUCACUCACAGCAUGUUAAAUUUAAGAUUGCACCUAAUGUUCUAGUUCUCUUGUUUAAUUUACUGAUUUAUAUUGUCAAUCUUGUACAUCAAAUAAAUUUGCUAAUUCAGUAGGAAAUGCUUGUGUAAACCCUUUAAAUACAUGCAGUAGCAGUAGAACUGUUAAUAGCUGGACAGAUGCUGAUUGUGCUGCUUGUUAUGCAACUGGCUAUAUAGCUAAUGGAAACAAAUCUGCUUGUAUAAAUUGUAAUGCUAGUUCAGGUCUUACUGAUAUUAUUUGUGGUUUAUGUUCAACUGCAAAUUCUAACUCAAAUAAAUUUGCAAAUGUAGGAGGUACUUAAUGCGUAAAUACCGCAUUAACAUGUGGUGCUUCAAGGACAGUUAACUCAUGGAAUAAUUCAGAUUGCUAAUUAUGUUAUGGUAGCAGCACAUUCAUAGCACAUUCAGGUAAUAGUUCUUGUGUUAAUUGCUCAUCUCCUAGUGGCUUAAACGAUGCUACUUGUGCAGACUGUGCUACAGCUAACAGCACUCAAAAUAUAUAUGCUAACAAUUCUGGAACGAAAUGUGUAAAUUCUAAGGCUACUUGUGGGAGUUCAAGAACUUUGAAUACUUGGACAACCAAUGAUUGUGUAGCUUGUUAUGGUACAGGAUAUAUAGCCAGCUCAAAUAGCAGUACAUGUAUAAAUUGUAAAGCAUCUUAGGCUCUUACUGACUCCAUUUGCAGUGCUUGUGCAACAGCAAACAGUAAUUAAAAUAUUUAUGCAAAUUCUGAUGGCACUGCAUGUGUUAAUAGUACAUCUACAUGUGGAAGUAAUAGAACAACAAAUACAUGGAAUGACGCUGAUUGUUUGGCUUGUACGCCUGCAACUCCUGUAGCUUAAAAAGGAGGAUCAAUUUGUGUCUCUAGUUUUUCUUCAUAAUUAAUAUAUGGAAGUUUAAUUUUGCUAAUUUCUUUUCUAAUUUGA